UGUUGCUCCUCUUCACGACUGUAUGUUUUGGUUUUUGUGAUCAGCGCUGACUGCUGAGCGCGUGUAUCGAAAUAUUGUAGGAAUUUUGACAGAAUUGAAAAAUGGCAGAGGCUAUGAGGCAAACGGUGGGAGAUAUGUUAAAGGGCGUUGACAGGUACAACCCAGAAAAUCUUCCUACUCUGGAGAGAUACGUAGAAAUUCAGUCUCGUGAAAAUGCCUACGACCUGGAGGCGAAUCUGGCAGUCUUGAAAUUGUAUCAGCUGAAUCCAUAUACGUACAAUCCAGAUAUCACUUGCCAAAUUCUAUUGAAGGCACUAACUAAUUUCCCUCAUACAGAUUUUAUCCUUUGCAAGUGCCUCCUCAAUAGUAAACAGCUUAUGCAGAGUCCACUGAGUGAGAUAAUGCGUUUAGCAGAUAUACUGGAAUGCUGCGACUUUCAGCGCUUCUGGCAUCAAGUUUUGAAUGAGCCAGAAAUUACAUCUAGAAUUACGGGGUUUAAUGACUCCAUAAGAAAAUUUGUUUGCCAUGUUGUUGGAAUUACAUUUCAAACAAUUGACAAGAAAAUGCUUUCUCAACUUCUUGGUGGUGUUGAUGAGACAACAUUGAUGCAGUGGGUUAAGAAAUAUGGCUGGAAAGAAGAAGAUAAAGACACAAUUUUCAUAGCCAAUCAAGAUGAAAACAUUAAAACCAAAAAUAUCACUGAGAAGAUUGAUUUUGAGAGUGCUGCUGCCAUAAUGGCUGCAUCUAGAUAGUGUAAUAUAUUAUAAUUUGUUUUUGUAUGUUUCAAAUAUAUUUGUCUCCAAUUUUGUUCUGUAUUUAUCUAAUUACAAAAAUUUAAAGAAAGCCUUUUAAGAGUUUA